AUGUAAUUAUUCAGUCUUCUGCAAAUCUGAACUCUGUAGGUUCUUUAACUUACUUUUUGUUUCUGUCUUCUGUAAAGGUCACAAUGGUUUCCAUUCCUGAAUACUAUGAAGGAAAAAGCAUCCUCCUGACAGGAGCUACAGGCUUUGUGGGAAAAGUGCUUUUGGAAAAGCUGCUCAGAUCCUGUCCUAAAGUGAAAGCAGUGCAUGUACUGGUGAGAAAAAAAGCAAGGCAGACACCUGAAGCACGAAUAGAAGAAAUUACCAGCUGUAAGCUCUUUGACAGGUUGAGAGAAGAGCAACCAGACUUCAAACAAAAAAUAAUAGUAGUUGAGAGUGAACUUACACAGCCUGAACUGGAUCUUAGCAACCCAAUCAAGGAAGAACUUAUAGAAUGCAUUAAUAUUAUAUUUCAUUGUGCUGCUACAGUCAGAUUCAAUGAAACACUAAGAGAUGCUGUGCAGUUAAAUGUGGUUGCCACACAGCAGCUCCUGUCCUUGGCACAGCAAAUGAAGAAUCUGGAGGUGUUCAUGCACGUUUCCACCGCCUACGCAUACUGCAAUCGGAAACAGAUUGAGGAAGUCGUGUACCCACCUCCUGUGGAUCCCAAGAAGCUGAUAGAUUCCCUUGAGUGGAUGGAUGAUGACCUAGUGAAUGAUAUUACUCCUAAACUGUUAGGCAAAAGACCUAAUACUUACACAUACACAAAAGCCUUAGCUGAGUCCGUGGUGCAGGAGGAAGGUGCAAAGUUAAACAUUGCCAUUGUAAGGCCGUCCAUCAUUGGUGCCAGCUGGAAGGAGCCUUUUCCUGGCUGGAUUGAUAACUUCAAUGGACCUAGUGGUAUCUUCAUUGCUGCAGGAAAAGGAAUUCUUCGAACGAUGAGAGCUUCCAACGACGCUUUAGCAGAUCUUGUCCCAAUAGAUGUUGUUGUCAAUACGACACUCGCUGCAGCCUGGUAUUCUGCAAUUAACAGACCAAGAAAGGUCAUGGUAUACAACUGUACAACAGGUGGCACCAAUCCUUUCCACUGGAGUGAAGUUGAAUACCAUGUAAUUUCCACUUUCAAGAGGAACCCUCUCGAGCAGGCCUUCAGACGGCCCAAUGUAAAUCUAACUUCCAAUCACCUUUUAUAUCAUUACUGGAUUGCUGUAAGCCAUAAGGCCCCAGCAUUCCUGUAUGAUACCUACCUCAGGAUUACUGGAAGAAGCCCAAGGAUGAUGAAGACAAUAACACGUCUUCAUAAGUCCAUGAUGUUCUUAGAGUACUUUACAAGCAAUUCUUGGACCUGGAGCACUGAGAACAUGACUAUGCUGAUGAACCAGCUGACCCCUGAGGACAAAAAGACGUUUAAUUUUGAUGUUCGACAACUACACUGGGCAGAAUAUAUGGAAAAUUACUGCCUGGGAACAAAGAAAUAUGUGCUGAAUGAAGAAAUGUCAGGCCUUCCUGCAGCUAGGAAACACUUAAAUAAGUUAAGGAACAUUCGCUACGGCUUCAACACGAUUCUGGUGAUUCUGAUCUGGCGCAUCUUCAUUGCCAGGUCACAGAUGGCAAGGAACAUCUGGUACUUUGUGGUCAGUCUGUGUUACAAGUUCCUCUCCUACUUCAGAGCCUCCAGUACAAUGAGAUACUGAGGAAGAGGAUUUAGCAUUAGGACAUCUAUGCAUAUGGUGGUCUAACUGCACAAACCCUGUACCUUGUAGUCAUCUCACAUUUCGUGAAGCAUAAUUUCAUUUUUAAUUGAAGUGCGA